AUGCACACCCCCAUUAAGGAUCCAUUCCAACUGCUUGGAACCGUCCAAGGUAGCAAUAACUCACCCUUGUACUGGUUGAUCUGGAGCUGUACUCUUUUGGACCAGCAUGAGGUUCCCAACAGCACUAUAGCUGCCUUUGUUGAUGAUGCCCUGAUCUCCAACCACUCAUUCAAUGACGCAAAUUUCCUACCAAUUUCAACUUUGAGAAAAUGUUCCUUGCACUACCGCUCACUGCUCUCUCAGAGUGACAAAAGGUCCACCCAUGUCUGUGCAGUGAACACCUGCAUUGGAGGUUUUGAUUGUCAUGUUAUCACCCCACCCAUGCUCAGCAGAUUUGUGAGAGUGAGACUACCAGGAGGCCCCUUGGAUAUGAAACAGCCAGAACGGAUCGAUCAAGUCAUUGAGGCUAGUGGAAUGCAGAACUGCAGCCCCAAAGUCUACCAGGAAUCUGCUUUUGGACUGGACAGACCCAUAAUGAGCAAUACUUCUGCCAUCAUUGCAUGUUCUGAGGAUCGAAUCUCUCUUAUGGAUGACCCUCAGCCUGUGGAAUUUGGGACAGUGGGACAGACUGUAAUACUCUGCCUCGGCUGUAGCCAAACACACUGA